GGGAACUCUCAUGUUAGCAUGUCAUGUCUGCGUUGUUACUGUGAAGAAAAGAACGGCCUCAAAUGCCCGAAGCUCGGUCUGAACUUGUCUGAUCAGCAACCGCUGUACAACCACCCACAGGGGUCCAAUCAGAGCUGUACGACCAACCUGAGCACCAUGUCGUCAGACACCAACAGACAGAACACUGCCCCUCACACGUUGAGCAACUUGAUUUUGCACAACACUUCUAUCCCCGCCGCGUCUCAACUGAUGUCUUUUUCUCAGCAAACCCCUCACACUUCAUCGAUGCGGGGAUCAACAAGCCGGGGAAAAACGAUGUCCCCGGUACCUCUUCCCCAACCAAACCAAGGACCACAGCCUUGUAGCUCCCAGCAUUUCCCUCCUCUACCAGCCAACAUCCCUUAUAAAACUUUCCCAGCUCAGUUACUCGGUCAGGCCGUACCAGAUCAAGAUCAGUCUGUAAAUUUUCCAUCGUGUGGACUGAAUAUGUCUCAGGCUGCAUUUGGAGGACGUAGUGGGGAGUUGACUGGUGUUGAUGGAUCCUCUCAGAGCUACAACUCAUCCACUUCCCAGGAGCAUCCUCAAUGGCCGUCUUCUUCACGUAGCAAUGGAGCUUCCAGUGAGUCUACUUCAGCUGUUCAUGUCAACAAACAGCCGUCAGUGGAGACUUACAGUGAGAAGAAACUUUCCUUAAUUUUAAAUCUACGUGAACAACUACUUAAUCAACUGGAAAACGUUGAUAAACUUCUGAAGUCACUGCCUUCAGACGGUGAUUGGCAGAUGGAUUCCAGUGAUGAAGAACAAAAUAAGCUGCAAGAAGAUGAGGAAAUGCAAGAAAGUUGUCGCGAGUCAGGAGAUGACAUUGAUUCUGAUUACAUUAAUGACAGCCUUUCAGAUUGUCAGUCUGAGGAUAUUGGCGACUCUGAGGUUUAUGAUAGUGGCAGUGGCCCCAAAACGGGUACAAAUGAGACACGAACCACAAAGAAAAAGAAAGACAAAUCACAAAAUCCAAAAAUGACAUGCAGAACAAAGAAGAAGAAGAAAAUCGUGAAAACCAUGGUGGCUUCAAAACCAAAUAAGAAAGAAGGGCCUUCUUACAAGAAGAAUUACUGUUUGUUUUGUUUGAAAGCUGUGUACAAAAUGGCAAGACAUCUCACACAAGUACACAGUGACAAAGCUGAAGUUGCCAUUGCAUUCCAGCAUCCUGUAAAUUCCAAGGAAAGAAAAAGAGUUUGGGAAAAACUAAUAAAAGAAGGAAACUUUGCUCAUAAUAAGAAAGUCUUAAAGACAGGAAAGGGACAGCUCGUUGCACAAGUAAGACCACCAAAAAUGGCAAAAUCAAUAGACUUUGUCCCGUGUGUUCACUGUCUUGGUCUCUAUAGAAAAAAAUCUAUAUAUAUCCACGUCAAAAGAUGUCGUCUAAAAGGAAAGAGGGAAGAUAUAUCAAAUGGGAGGAAAAGAGUCAUAUCGCAGUGUGUACUUCUAACAAAAAACUGUGGUGACCUAAGUGAGGAGUUGAAGAACAUCCUAGGCGAGAUGGUAUAUGAUGAGGUGACAGAAACUGUGAUGGAAGACCGAAUAAUUCUGCAGUUUGGAGAGCACAUGGCUAAUGGCGUUGUUAAAGCAAUGAAAAAGCAUGAAUAUAUAAGACAACACCUUCGACAUGUGGCAAGACUUGUGCUAGAGGCUCAAAAGUCCACUCCCAUGCAGAGUCUGGAGGAUUUCUUUGACCCCUCCAACUUCCAUCAUGUGGUGUCUGCUGUGAAAGUUUUGGCAGGUUAUGACUCAAAAAAGAAAACCUACACCCUUCCAUCAAUGGCUUAUAAGCUUGGUUACAACCUAAAGAAGAUCUGUGGCAUUGUACAGCAGAAUGCCAUUAAAUCUGGUGAUACCAAAGUCCAGAGGUCAUGCAAAACCUUUCUCUUCUUGCAUGAUAAGAAAUGGAGGAGACUCAUUUCAUCACAUGCUUUAACGAGUAUGAAGAAUUCUAAAAGGAAAAAUGAAAAAAAUGUGCCAUUUGCUGAAGACGUGAAAUGUCUGUAUUACCACAUGGAGACUGCCUAUCAUCUUGCUGAGAAGAAUCUCAGAGAGAACGUUUGUCCAGAAACCUACGCUGCCCUGGCCAGUGUAGUACUGGCUCAGACCAUUGCUUUCAACAGGAGGAAAUCUGGAGAGGUCUCAUCAAUAACAYUAAAGGCCUUCAUGUUACGAAAAAGGUCAGAAGUUCUCGAUGACUUGGACGUUUCUGUGUCAAAUUUGGAAAGAACCUUGUGCGGUUUCUUCAGUAGAGUAGACAUCAGAGGAAGCUCUGGGAGAAUUGUCCCCAUUUUGCUAAAGCCUUCGUUUGAGUCGGCUAUGGAGCUUCUGAUAAAAGUUCGUGACAAAUGUGGAGUCCACAGAGACAACCCCUUUGUGUUUGCACGAACGUGUGGACCAACUGCCUAUCGRGGGUCAGACUGUAUCCAGAAAUACGCUAAUGGAUGUGGAGCMAAAAACCCCAAAGCUCUGACGUCGAUGAAACUUCGGAAACAUUUUUCCACAAUGCUACAGCUGAUUCACCUGGAUGAAAAUGAGGCCCAACAGAUUUUUGGCCCUAAUAAUCAGAUCCAGUCAAUGGUGCAGAACAACCUGUGUGUAAAUACUGAAAUGCAGUCUGAAGGCCCAGGCUCACAGCCCAAAACCAAGCAUAUAUGGAAUGAAACCGAGGUCCAUGCUGUUGAAAAACACCUGAUGCAGUUCAUUACCAAUCAAAAGAUACCUCAGAAGGACGACUGCGUUCGUUGCCUCGAAGCUGAGCCACUUGCUCUGAAGAAACGUGUGAAGGACUACGUCAGAAACCGGAUCACGACUCUGCAAAGACAAAACAGUUCUUCCAAGGUUUCUUCAGAAACCAGCAACAGGCAGAAGGAACUACAGAAGAUAAAAUGUCUCGAUUACAUGAGAUUGCAACCUUCUAACAAACAAGCUGCAGUGCAUCACAGCGUGAUCUCCACUUCAAGCUUUGGACCAGGAGAUCCUAAUCAACAGCAAGACCCUGGAAUAACAAGAAACACAGUGACUACCAAGUCUAAAAAAGCAAGAGAAAACGGCACACAACACAAACCCAAACCCAAACCUAAACCUAAAUGGAGUGAGGCAGAGGUUCAUGCCGUGGAGAAACACCUGAUGCAUCUCAUCAAGGAGCACAAGCUGCCUCAGAAAGAUGACUGCAUUCGCUGCCUCGAGGCCGAGCCACACGCUCUGAGAAACCGUACUUGGAAAGGCUUGAAGGACUACGUCAGAAACAGGAUCACGACUCUGCAAAGACAGCCUUCUAACAAACAAGCUGCAGUGCAUCACAGCGUGGUCUCCACUUCAAGCUUUGGACCAGGAGAUCAUAAUCAACAAGACCCUGGAGUAACAAGAAACACAGCAACCACCAAGUCUAAGAAAGCAAGAGAAAAAGGCCCACAACACAAACCCAAACCUAAAUGGAGUGAGGCAGAGGUUCACGCCGUGGAGAAACACCUGAUGUGUCUCAUCAAGAAGCACAAGCUGCCUCAGAAAGACGACUGCGUUCGUUGCCUCGAGGCUGAGCCACACGCUCUGAGGAACCGUACUUGGAAAGGCGUGAAGGACUACGUCAGAAACCGGAUCACGACUCUGCAAAGACAGAGCGGCUCUGGCAAGGAUCCAUCAAAACCCAGCGUCAGGCGCAGGCAGAAGGAGCCACAGCAGAGCUCUGUGAGACCACAACCUACUAACAGACAAGAAGGUAUCACAGAGCAGCCCAGUGUGGUCUCCAGUUUAAACUUUGGACCAGUUCACUUUGGAGGAACCAACUUUGUUCCCAACGCAGCUCCACAGGAUAGACCUUUAACUCCACAGUCUCUCAACUCUGAGUCCCAUUAUGGURUGGACCCAAACUGUUACCCAGUGCUACUUGAAUCGCAGAGUUGAUCAUAAGUAGAAUAAAGCAGAGGUUUGGGUCGUAGAAAAACACUUGCCUAGUAUCAUUGAAGAGCUUAGGAUCCCCGCGAAAGCUGACUGCAUUCAUUGAGGCAGAGCCACACGGCCUGAGGAACCGAUCAUGCAGUGUCCUAAGGGAGUACAUCAGAAAUCGGAUCCUAACUUUACACAAUCAAAGUGGCUCUUAAAGGAAGUCGAAGCAAGAAAGACCCAGGAAAAAUAAACCAAAGCAGAGUUCUGUGGGGAAACGUGUCAAUGGAGCAAACUUUUCUGUGGAAUAUCUUCCUUUUUAUUGCUUUUUCUCACUGCAUUGAAUUUUUGUCGAGUGUAUGAAGCCAUUUAUUAAAAUGCUAAUUAAUACCAGUCUCUUUAAAAAAAUAAACAACUUCCUGAAUGUCCUCCAACGA